UAUACCUUUGGCAGGCAGAGCAGUGGUGGCAGCGAUCGGGCUUGAUGAGGCAGCAUUCUUCGCAGUAUCGCACGCAGCCAUCGGCACCGAGGCCCUGAGCGGGUUUGGCUGGGCCUACUACGCCUACGUGCACGUCUUCCUCCCAGUCCUGGUCGCGGACCACGCGGAACGCGUCUCGCUGUCAGCAUUCUUCCACCUGAUCCUCCUGCUCACUCUUUGGUCCUUCCUGCGGGCGGUCACGGCGUCAAACCUGCCCGUGCCAGCGCGGUAUUACAUGAACGCAGCGAACCGCAGGAUGAUAGAGGAGAGCAAGACGUACGAGGAGAAGAAGGAGCUGCUCGAGGGACUGGGCGCCAACAGAGGCAUCCUGACGCGCACUGCUGACGGAAGCGUGCGCUACUGCGAACCGUGCGGACUCGUCAAGCCCGACCGCAGCCACCACUGCUCCUCCUGCCGGAGGUGCAUCUUGAAGAUGGAUCACCACUGUCCCUGGCUCAACAACUGCGUGGGCUUCAGCACCUACAAGUUUUUCCUGCUCACGCUGUUCUACGUGGUGGUGCUGGCGUCGUACGCGCUCGUCAGCGUGUCGUCGUACGCCUUGGACACGUCGAGCGCCAUGGGACUGCCCACGGAGGUCCUGGUUCACACCGGCUUCCUGCUGCUGGCGGGCACUGCGCUCACGGUUCUCAUAGGCGGCUUCUUCAUCGUCCACCUGCGCAUCCUGGGCCGCAACGAGACCACGCUGGAGACCAUGCGCCCUUUCGUGUUCGUCGAGCCCCUCGACUCGUUCGACCUCGGCGUUCGGAGAAACGUCGUCGAGGUCUUUGGCUCCAGCGUCAUCCUGUGGCCCUUCCCCGUGCACAGCACUCCGGGAGACGGCGUCUGCUUCCCAACAAAACUCUACCCGGACCCGGAAAGCGCCAUCUUGCCGCUGCUUCGGCAGCGCACGCGGCAACUGGCGCUAGCCCUACCCGGAAGAGACCUCCCGGUCGUGGCGCCGUCCAUGGAGACCGCCUUCGCGAACCUCAUGCCGCCGUCGGACGCCGCUCGCGUCUCGACCGUCGAUCACGCGCAACGUAAGACGGCGGCGACGACACUGCCAGAGCGAGACGUCUACGCCACCGCCACGGAGACGUCGGGCAUUUCGCUGUCUUCGUCGUCCGAGCAGUAUCGGUCCGCGCGCACGGUAUCCGCUCUGACUGGCGGUACGGGGGUGGCGACGACAACGCCGCCCACGGGACUGCUACCGCCGGCCGUCCGCACGCGUCCACCAGGGCAGCAUCCGGCGGCGGCACCCGGUCGAGAAUCGCCCGUGCGCCCUGCACUAGGUCGCCCGUCGCUAAUGAGGACGACGUCGCAGACGUCCUUUUCGACCCUUUCAAAACGCUAGGACAACGAGUCCGUUUAGUACCUUUUGACGAUGCCGUCAACAUUUCAAGGCUUUUCUUAUUGUCACUGCGCCUGCCGAGGAUUCCCACUUCUUCGUGGCAAUUUGGGAGAGUUUAGAAAACUCUGAAUAUGCCAUGAGGAAGUUACUGUGUUUUUUAUUUUCCCGAAUCACUUAUACUGCCGCGGGAAAACGAAAUGUAAAAAAGCGCUUUCACAUCUAAAUAUACUUCCUGUGCGUAAGCGUAAAAGGUGUUACUGAA